GGACCGCACCUCUAUUGUGUGUGUGUGUGUGUGUGUGUUUCUCAAAGUCUUUUAACGAGUGAGUUUGAAUUGAGUAAAGGGAGCGGCCAUUUCUCGCGAGAGGAGGAUUAGGAGUGAAGGUAAGGUUAGGGUUUCUUGGGUCAGGAUGGAGACGGAGAGGCGCGAUGCGGACUCCGCGGCGACGGCGGAGGGGAAGAGGAAUCCUCGUUGUUACAUGGACGUCAGCAUCGGCGGGGAGAUGGAGGGGCGGAUCGUGGUGGAGCUCUUCGCCGACGUGGUUCCGAGGACGGCGGAGAACUUUAGGGUGCUAUGCACCGGGGAGAGGGGCAUCGGUCCCAACACAGGCGUUCCGCUCCACUUCAAGGGAUCAUGUUUUCAUCGGAUUAUAAAGGGUUUCAUGAUUCAAGGAGGAGAUAUAUCUGCUGGUGAUGGAACUGGAGGAGAAUCCAUUUACGGACUUAAGUUUGAGGAUGAAAAUUUCAUAAUAAAACAUGAAAGAAAAGGAAUGCUCUCAAUGGCCAAUUCUGGUUCUAACACAAACGGGUCUCAAUUUUUUAUUACUACAACUCGAACAUCUCAUAUAGAUGGAAAACAUGUUGUUUUCGGGAAGGUGCUUAAGGGCAUGGGAGUGGUUCGUUCAAUUGAGCACACUCCUGUUGGUGAUGCUGAUUAUCCUACCAUGGAUGUCGUGAUUACGGACUGUGGAGAACUUCCUGAGGAUGCUGAUGAUGGUGUAACAAAUUUUUUCAAAGAUGGCGACUCGUACCCUGAUUGGCCAAUUGAUGUAGAUGACAAGCCAACUGAGGUUUCUUGGUGGAUGAAUGCUGUGGAGGCUGCCAAAAUAUUUGGAAACAAUUAUUUCAAGAAACAAGAUUACAAGAUGGCGCUUAGAAAAUACAGGAAAGCUUUGCGCUACUUGGAUGUAUGCUGGGAAAAAGAAGAGAUCAAUGAAGAGAAGAGUUCAUUGUUGAGGAAGACAAAGUCCAUCAUAUUGACAAAUAGUUCUGCUUGCAAGUUAAAGUUAGGAGAUUUGAAAGGUGCUCUAUUAGAUGCCGACUUUGCAAUACGGGAGAGAGAGAAUAAUGCAAAAGCUUAUUUCCGGCAAGGGCAGGCGCACACAGCACUUAACGAUGUGGAUGCUGCUGUUGAGAGCUUCAGAAAAGCCUUAGAGUUGGAGCCCACUGAUGGGGGCAUAAAGAAGGAGCUUGCAGCUGCAAAAAAGAAGAUUGCUGAUAGGCGAGAUCAGGAACGGAAGGCUUACUCCAGAAUGUUCCAGACCUCUGCCAAGUCGGAUGCUUCAACUGAGGUGAUCCAAAUGAUAAAAUUGUCUGAAAAGUCUGCUCUGAAUUCUGUGGACGAAUUUCUUAGUACAUUUCCUAUAUUUGCUUCAAAUGUUUUGAUCAAAGUUUAGAAAAUUUGAGCAGGCAAGUAUACAAUCGAGGAGAAGUCAAAUUUUCGGAUACCUUGGUCCAUGGAGAGGAAAAAAAAAUUCCAGAUCAAUUUCUUUUUCCUAAACUUUUGACGUUCAUCUGUAAUUCUGGCAUUUUAGUGAUGGAUAAACGGGUUACCCAAACAUCGAGGACAUUUUUGAGUUUCUGGUGAUAAAAACUUUUCUCCCAUCGACACACGUUAAAAUACAUGUAACUCGAAGCUUACCGGUCGUACUGGAAGUUAAUAGAUGUUGCAAUCAAUAAUUUUGGGAUCGGUUAGUGUUCAAUA